GACAAUGGAAUGUGUAACUUAGACAAAAAGAAUCCUGACUGUGAGCCAUGGGGACUUGCGCUCGGCAAAAAUAGACCCUGUUCCCAUUUCCAAAGAGUUCUGCUGGCUUCCAGCUGCCAUCCCCAUAAGCAGGUGUCAUGAAACAAUAACUCCGUGGUCACAUUUCCUAAAUGCCCUAGUUGGAAGUGGCGAAGCUUUACUCAGUAACAGAUCUUGAACCCUCUGGAACAGGGAAAGGGAUGGACGUCUGUGGUCUACCAAUCUUCCUGCUCCUUGGACCAGUUGUUCUGGUCCUGGGUUCUGAUCAUGAAACUCGUCUGGUUGCCGAUUUAUUCGAGCAUUAUAACAAAGUUAUUCGUCCAGUAAACAACCACCUUGAAAGUGUUAACGUUACCGUUGGACUACAGCUUAUCCAGUUGAUCAAUGUGGAUGAAGUGAAUCAGAUUGUAGCAACCAACGUGCGUCUAAAACAGCAAUGGAAAGAUGUAAACCUGAAAUGGAAGCCAGAAGAUUAUGGUGGUGUGAAACAAAUUCGCAUCGCCUCAAGCGAACUCUGGCGUCCAGACUUGGUUUUGUACAACAAUGCAGAUGGAGAUUUUGCUAUCGUCCAGGAUACCAAAGUACUCUUAGACUAUACAGGUCACAUUACUUGGACUCCUCCAGCCAUUUUCAAAAGCUACUGUGAAAUUAUAGUCACCCACUUUCCAUUUGAUGAGCAGAACUGUAGUAUGAAGUUGGGCACAUGGACAUACGAUGGCACAAUGGUCGCCAUCUUUCCGGAAAGUGACCGCCCAGAUCUGAGUAACUUCAUGCCCAGCGGAGAAUGGAUCAUGAAAGAUUACCGAGGCUGGAAGCACUGGGUUACCUACGCCUGCUGCCCUGACACACCUUACCUGGACAUCACCUAUCACUUUGUGUUGCAGCGGUUGCCUCUCUACUUCAUCGUCAAUGUCAUCAUCCCUUGUCUCCUCUUCUCUUUCCUAACCGGACUAGUGUUUUACCUGCCUACAGAUUCAGGAGAGAAGAUGACUCUGAGCAUUUCUGUCCUGCUCUCUUUGACGGUGUUUCUUCUGGUCAUUGUGGAGCUGAUUCCUUCCACUUCUAGCGCAGUGCCCUUGAUUGGCAAAUACAUGCUGUUCACCAUGGUCUUCGUCAUAGCUUCCAUCAUCAUCACUGUCAUUGUGAUCAAUACCCACCACCGAUCUCCAAGUACUCACACUAUGCCGCAGUGGGUGAGGAAGAUUUUUAUCGAGACGAUUCCGAACGUCAUGUUCUUCUCAACCAUGAAACGGCCUUCCAGAAACAAGCAGGAGAAAAGGAUUUUUACUGAAGACAUUGAUAUUUCUGAAAUCUCCGGGAAGCAAAGUCCGGCUGCUGUCAAUUUCCAGUCUUCUCUCACCAAAAACCCAGAUGUGAAAAGUGCUAUUGAGGGCAUCAAAUACAUUGCUGAAACAAUGAAGUCAGACCAGGAAUCCACCAAUGCUGCCGAAGAAUGGAAGUUUGUUGCCAUGGUAGUGGAUCACCUUCUGCUUGGCAUCUUCAUGUUAGUUUGCAUCAUUGGAACACUGGCUGUCUUUGCCGGUCGCCUCAUCGAGUUACAGCAGCAAGGCUGAAAAGCGAAAACCAAGUGGGAUAGCUUGAUUUAGAUCUGAAUAUGUGCUCACUUAAGAAAGUUAAUGGAAGGAAAGUCUUCCAUCUCCCUCUCCUCCAUCCCCUCAGCAAAGCAAACCUUUCAAAGAAGCUUGUAGGGUAGGGAGCUGCAGCCAGUAAGCUUUCCUUCCAGAAACUUCCUUAACUUUGCUUACCUUAAGAUCCAAGCCUAUAUCUUUAAUGUGUUGUUAAUAUGUCUCUGCCUAAACGGGGCUAAAUGGAGGGAUAACCUCUUUCGAACUGGCAAUUUCAGGCUCCAGAAAGUGUGAUUCUGCUAAAAGUUUUUGAUUGACUGGCGUCUUUAAUGUCAACCGGCAUGGCUUUCGUCGCACCUAACCAGCUUGCUAAAGCACUGGGUCAGAACCUCUUAUUGUUCAAAUCACCAGGUCAAUGAGCCUAGGACAUCGGUCUGUUCUGGGUAUUUAAGAAAACAGCAUUGGUGCUGUAUACCAAUGGUUCAUCUCAUUGUCUAUUGGUUGUCCCUAAUCACUGGCAAUCUAGGAUGCAAAAAUUGAACAUGUCUUCAACCCACAAUUUUUUCACUUCCCAUUCCUUGCUGCUUUUUUGAAUAAAUAGAUAUGUUCCAAAUGACUCCGUCAGAGAAACUUGGCUGAGCACAUCUGUGAUCUGAAUCUCCCACACUCUGCUGAAAGUGGCCCAUGCAGAAGAAGAGGAAAUUGUCACUGACUGACGUCUACCUACCAAGCUGUUUUCUCUUCUCUUUCCUCAGCUGUGAUUCUUGCUUGCAGGCCUAUCAAAACCAUGUUUACUCAGAAAUAUUCAGAAGCCCCUUCUGAGCACUUACUUUUUAUUAAAUGUGCUUCUGUAAUAUACUUCAUUUUCUUUUCUUUCUUUCUUUUUUAAGAACCACCACCCCAAUCUCAGUUCUGCUUUGGGAUUUAUUUUUUCAGUUGCCAGCAAUACUCACAAUUCACUUGAUCCUCUUAGCAUUAUUCUCACAGUCAGGGAUAAAGCUAGCAGCCAAAGGAGUACUUAGAUGUCUCCUGUACACAUGCUCGGAUAUGAGAUAAGCCGGCCAAUUGACUGCAAUUCUAAAUGUCGCAAUUUCACAUGCAUGCUCUAAAGCCAAACGGGAAAAACUGUUAUAUCCUGCGCAAUCCUAUGUGGGGCUAUUCAGAAAUAAGCACCAUUGAAUUCUAUGGGACUUGCCCAUCUGACUAUUGGUUGUUCUCACUAGAAUUUUGGAGAAUGUGUGCUGAGAGCAUGCAAGCACCCAGUUUAGGGCACUGUAUAAAAUAAGAAUUUAAAUGUUUCAGAUUUUAAUUUUUACCCAGCCCAAAAAAUGUUCGCCCCCUCCCCCGCUUCAAGCAAAUGCCAGUUGCAGUCGAAUUUGUGAGUCACAGGCUCCCUCCUGUGGUGGAAAUACAGUAUUUCUGCAGGUGUACCC